AUGAUGAACCAAUAUUUAAAUCAUCCACAACCUACAAAUAAUCAAGGAUCUCCACAUUUUCACCCUCCAGCCCCACAGCCGGAAUUCAUUUUUUCGGACAGCAAGCAAUUCGGCCGACCUCAAGGACCUACCGGCCAAGUGAAUGUGCAACCACGAGGAACCUGGUCGAAACGCCCUCCGCCAGACAAUCCAACGCAGAAACAUCGCCGAAGCAUUUUUAUCCAUUUGGCCCUGAAUAAACGUGACUCGAUCGAGGCUGUACAGAAUUAUCAGAGAAAAUACGGCCCAACACUGCGUCAUUUCUUGCAUAAGAAUGUUCGCCGAGACACGAUUCUGGCAUUACAUCCAAAGAGGAAAAGACAACGCCCAACACCAAGCCCAUUGCCGGAUCCGGUUGUACAAGUUGACGCGGCACUUUUGAACAAAGAUGGCUUUAAGAAUACUCCCCCAGAAGAAGAUUUUAGUCUAGAAAAAGCUAUGGAAGAUGAAAUCGACAAGGCUUUGCCCAAGGUUUUGCAAAAUGUGGAUACUCGUCGUUUGUCUAAUAGCAAUGAUGAAGCACUGCGAAAGGAAUUAGAAGACGCAUUAAUUGAUGAGAUCAGCAAGCAUCUGAACGAGGGAAUCGAUGAAACCGGCCCCAGCGGCGUCCCAGAAAGUGAACUUGUCAAGGCCAUUGCCGAGGGGCUGAAUGAAUUGGGCGAACCGGGCACCAACUUGCUGCCAAUAGCAAACAAGGGAAACCACCAACCCACCGCCGGGGGUGAUAUUUCCGGUCCAGAAACUGGAAAUAAUGUGGAUGGCACGACUCCGAGGCCGUCUUUCCCGACUAGGGCAAGGCCGCAAACCCCAGACUAUUGGGCUACCACAAAGAAGCCGGUGUAUGAACCACCGAACUUGAGCGGUUAUAAUUACGGAGCAUCCGGCAAUCCUCAAGAAGCGUCAAACAACGAAAUUCGAGUACCAGGAGCAAAUACGCAAGAAGAACUGAAUUAUGAUGGAUUGGGAAAACUUGCUAGCUCGACCUUUGAGCAUCAGGCUUCUGGAUCAAACCCUAAUGAUCAAAUUGAUCUAGAAUGCACUUCAACUGGCUUCAGGUUAACUCUGCAUGUGGCGCCGGAUUUUGAGGGUACCGCAUUUGUCAAAGGAUUCCCGCAAAAAGUCGGAUGCCGUCGGGAUAUUCUCGCUGUUGAAAGCCGCCCAAUCAUUUUUGAGGAGACCGGCAAAAAUUCAUCGAUUAUUCUGAACCUCCAGCAUGACCUUUCAAUUAUUACAGAAAAUGAUCGAGCCUAUUUCCUGGAGUGCUAUAUGCCAAAGAAACUGUCAAAUACUCAGAAAAUCUACACCAAUCUUUCGGUCUAUCCCAGUGAAAUUCCGAUCGGCAAGGCAAUCCAUUUAACCGCAGUACCACCGGUUUGUACGUAUGCUAUUCGAAAGGAAGCACCACAUGGACCCGGAAUCACCGAGGCAUUGCUAGGGGAAAAGAUCUACCACACUUGGACAUGCGAAGGAAUGGCUGAUACUUCCUCGUAUUAUGGAAUGCAUGUACAUGAUUGCUAUGCAAAAUCAGAUCACGCCCAUAAAUACCCAAUCUUCAAUGCCAAAGGAUGUUCCACGGAUGUUAAUGUCGUGUCAGACCCUGUCUAUGAAGACGGGAAACUAUUUGCGUAUGCGGAAAGCAAGAUCUUUGGUGUCCUUCUAACGGCAUUUGUCGUAAGGUUAGUUGGACGGAACUACGUUGAGACCGAGAGCAUCAGGAAC